UGCUGCAUUCUAGCAUAGCUUUUCAUGAAAUACAUCUGUGAAUCACAUGGCUUGUAUUCCCUAGAAGAAAAGAGCCCCCGCUUGCAUGAAAGUCAAUAUUUAAGUCAGGCAACUUYUAAAAAAGAUGCAAAGUUAUACUGUAAAAAUACCCACCUUUAUAUCUUAUAAUCCAUUUUUUAUUAAAACUGGGAAAUACGAGUAAAAUUCACAUUUAAAUUACUUUCUGYGUUUCUAGGGGAUACUCUUUGCAUUCCAGUUGGUUUCACUUUGUUCUUCCUCUACCCAUUUYCAGUACUGCUGUUCUAGACUUGUGUAACCUUCAGGGAAAAAUUUAUUCCCAAACAUAAAACCUGUAUGGAUUUUACAUUUUUUAAUACUUAGUAACAUUUAACUGUGUGUUAGCUUGGAAUCACUCUGUUUUUCUGUGAACCCAGAAUGCUGGCGCUCACUGAAAAUUGUUUGAUGAGGGGAGCCUUUCAUAUUUGUGUCCUUCACUCMAGGAGUUGUGCUGUCCUCAAGGAGUUCUUUCAGUGAUCUAUAAAACCAGGAUCAAGUGCAAGAAGGCCACUCACUCUGUUUUGUUGAUGUAAAGAACAGUCUCUUGCAGUGCUUUUCUGAAAUAAAUGUCACAGGGUUUGGGAAGAUUUAGUUAAACUGGUUCUCGUUUAAUUACCUUGCAUUUGAGUUGCGCAUAGUUGUGUAUUCAAUUUCAGGUUUGGUGCGGUUUUUUGAGGGAGGAUGAGGAAUAAAAGUUCAUCAGUUCUAUUAAAAGAAAAGGAGGUAAAUGGCUGUGUUGGAAAAACAUUAUGAUUUGAUGUGCCAUUCUGAAAAACUCUCCUGUCUUUUGAGUUUGGAUUAAAUGUCUGAAAUACUUGAGCAAGUUGCCCCUAUGUUCUGUAGCAAGUUUAGUUUCUCUCCAUGCUUUCCACUCCCAAUUAAAACCCGUUCAUCAGGUCGCUGAGUAGGAAAGGUUUGUAAAGAGUUCUUUGAGCAGUCUGUCUUCAUCCCUUCAUCUUCACCUCAUAUUAAAUAAAGCAAAUUCCGAGCCAAUUSAGUAUCCAACAGUUACGCUGCAUCUGUCCAAUCUUCCCGCAGGUGUUUGGAAGGGGAGUGUGCUGGCUGAGUGAGGGGAUGUCAUGGUGCUCACCCCCAGCGUAGGAAGAUAGCAGAGAUGGUGGCCUGAGGGAGCCCAGCCUGCUGCAGACAUGGCCUUCGCCCAGUCCCACAUCAUGGCAGCCAGGAGGCACCAGCACAGUCGGCUSAUCAUCGAGGUGGAUGAGUACAGCUCCAACCCCACACAGGCUUUCACGUUCUACAACAUUAACCAGGGACGUUUCCAGCCCCCACAUGUGCAAAUGGUUGAUCCGGUGCCCCAUGACGCUCCGAAGCCUCCAGGAUAUACACGAUUUGUCUGUAUUUCUGAUACUCACUCAAGAACUGAUCCCAUCCAAAUGCCAUAUGGAGAUGUGUUAAUACAUGCUGGUGAUUUUACUGAGCUGGGACUUCCUAGUGAAGUAAAAAAAUUCAACGAGUGGCUAGGUAGCCUGCCCUAUGAAUACAAGAUUGUGAUAGCAGGAAAUCAUGAAUUGACCUUUGACCAGGAAUUCAUGGCUGACUUAAUCAAGCAGGACUUUUACUAUUUCCCCUCUGUUUCUAAGCUGAAGCCAGAGAGCUAUGAAAAUGUACAGUCUCUUCUAACAAACUGCAUCUAUCUUCAAGACUCUGAAGUGACGGUGAGGGGAUUCAGAAUAUAUGGCUCCCCUUGGCAACCUUGGUUUUAUGGCUGGGGCUUUAAUCUUCCACGAGGCCAAGCACUAUUAGAGAAAUGGAACCUUAUUCCAGAUGGAAUAGAUAUUCUUAUAACACAUGGACCACCUCUCGGUUUUCUAGACUGGGUUCCUAAGAAAAUGCAACGGGUAGGAUGUGUUGAGCUGCUGAACACAGUCCAGAGACGAAUACAGCCAAGGCUUCAUGUUUUUGGACAUAUCCAUGAAGGUUAUGGUGUCAUGGCUGAUGGAACUACCACCUAUGUGAAUGCAUCUGUGUGCACUGUGAAUUACCAGCCACUUAAUCCGCCUAUAGUUAUUGACUUACCUACUCCAAGGAACACAUGAUUAUAAUGAGGAUUUAAAGUUGUACCCAACACAUUAGCAACUUUAUAUUGCUGGCUGAGAAUCCCAAUAGGGAACCAUUCAACAAAAAAAAGCAAAAUCUUUCUUUUUUUCCCUGCUAGCUCUUCACUGAUAAAUUUAGAGUAACAAAAGUGGACAAGGAACAAAGACAUUUUGGUGCCAGAAGCAGAUUAAAGACUAACAUUUCACCCUUAAAAUAUUUGUGAACACAGAGAAGUGAAUGCAUUCCACAUAUAUAUAUAUACAUAUAUAUAUAUCUAUAUAUAUAUAUCUAGUAGGGGCUUUUGUACAUACCGUAUAUUGGACUUAUUAAAAGAAUGAUGUCUUUCAAAGGAGUGUUUCUUUAAGAAGGUUUGCAGUUUAAACGUAAGUGUUUAGACUAGGAUUUCCUCAUUCAGACGUUUUCCAGUGAGCUCUUGGUAAAAUAAAAAUGAUGGUAAAGAUGUUUUCCCUUAAUCAACACAUUCAAGACACAACAAGAAAAUAUAAAAGAUGGUGCACAAAUGACCAGUCACAGGAGGAAAGCUAUUACUCCAAGUCCUUCAGGUCUAAGUCAUUUCAUCUAUUCAAAACCAAUGCAACAGAGGCCCUAAUUCACUGUACUGAAAUGAAGUUUUACUACAUCUGGCAUUACAGAUGGUAAGGGAAAUGGUACAUAUUGCCAGCAUGCUGUAAACAGCUCAACAUUCAAGAAGGGAGACUGUGUUAAGUGCAGUAUAAACUCAGGAAUUUGUAACCUGGCCUCGCCUGUAAAAGGAAAAAAAAGGAUGACAUUUCCCUUAAAAAAAAAAAGAAAGAAAAGUUAUAACUGUGUUUUCAUAUGGUAAGGCGAUAUACGUGAUUGUAUUUAAGGAAAAAAAAAAAAAGAAAAAAGAGAAAAAAAGCCACAAAAAAGCCCACCUAAUGAUUAGUAAUGGUAUUUUAAAUAAAACCCACUGGGACCAUUUUUUAAAACCUGCUAAUGGGACAUGCAACCAGUGAUGAGAUUACUGGUUUGAAUUUGGCCCUGGUCAGGAGUGGUCAAAUGUCAUUGUGGUCAUUCUGCCCUUGGGAAGCAUUAUAGAUGUCAAGGGGAAGGCAUCAUCCCAAGGCGUAGCUUGGGCACCCACUUUUGAGUGGCUGUGAGAAAUGAGUACACAUCAAAGUGUACAGAGCAGAGGUCACCUCAGGGGRCCUGGCACUGCUGUUUGCCCACUCACGGACACUGCUGAGAGGCCCAGGACAAACUGAGCAGAAAUCUGUCUGUCGUGUUGCAUCUGGCACCUGGCAAAGUAGGGGACGUGUCAGGAGCUGGUUGGGAUGAUCCAUGGCCACGCUACUGCCUGUGCAGCUCUGCUUCAGAGUUAGCAGAGGUGUUGGAGCUGUUGGGAUUCCAGUCCUGUCCCAGGCGGAAGCUUAAGAAUUGACUACACAGCCAUGCAAAAAAAAAAGGGCUUCAGACAUACCCUGCUACAAAUGGAUUUCUGCUUUGAACUAACAAACAUAUCCUUUUGCCUUGAUGGAGAUAAUUUAACUACUGUAUUCUGAAUGUGGACAUCCUGAAUUUGGGGCUGACAGCAUGUAGACAUCRCUGCUGUUCACACAUGUUGGGGAGACCACCCCACCACCAGCUCAGAGCUGGUUGCAGGUCUGUGCACUGCCCACAUGUGCACACAUGCAUUGGAGAAUUGUGUGUGUGACAUUUUGCCGGAUCCAUGAAUGUAAAUGUGAGCUUCMCGUAGCAGCUGCAUGUACAUUAUACACAUAAAUGAUUUCAAAUACCUGCGUUGCAAAACCAGGCCAUGUGAGCUUCAAUUCUGAUCAAGGUGAGCCCAAACUCUGCUUUUGACUGGCUUCCCACGGGCAGCAGCUCUGCCAGCUGCUGCUGGGAGCCRAGGCAUUCAAGCCCAGUAACUGACUUGUGCUGUGGACACACAAGAAGCCACCAGAUCCCCAGAAAAACGUGACAAGUCACAGGUCUGUCAUUUCCUUUAAUMUGUUGGGUGACCGUGUGUCUAAACUAAUGUGCUGCUGUUUUUUCCUGAAAACUAAACCCAAAACUAUUGGUGAUGCCUGCAACUGGGUUUUUGGGURAGUGGUUCACAAGUGCAUGAGCCGUCUACCAUGAAUUAUGUUGGGGCCACUUUUGUCAAAGCUACUGGUGUAGAAAUUUCAGGAUCAGCUCCUAAAUCAGUAAGAACUGAAAUUCAUAGUUGAAUAUGAACUCCUGUCGUCAUUGGGAAGAUGAACAAUAGCAUGUAGUUUGAAUAAAAGUGGCUUAGCUAGUCACAAUUCAAGCAGUUUGCAACAAAUGUGGCAGGAAAUUGGCUGUGUGUUAAAGUCUGAAAUGUUUACAUUCGCUCAUGGCACUUAAAUGUUAAAGUGGGGGRAAGAGGUCCUUUUAUUACCCUCAGCAAAAUUUCUAUGUCAACCAUAAACUAUUCUCUUAAAAAUAAUUUUUCCUAAGGUAUCUUCCAAAUAUUCACGUAUUUUUAUGUGGAAAGGAUAUGAAAGCAACUGUUACUUCAAAAUAUCGUUUAAAGUACUUGAGGUAUGAAAGCUUAAAGAUUAUUUAAUCAUUUUGGCAUAACUUGAAUGUUGUAAUUUUUGGUCAAGCAUGUUAGACGAAUAAAGUCUUUAAAAAACCAAAACCACACAACAAAAAAUAAGAUCUCUUAUGUCCAGCUCAUGUGAUCAGCUCCAUUUUGGAAUGACUGCCAUCUUCUCCAGGGGUAGGAACCAGGCUGUGGGGCAUUAUAAAGUUGUUACUGUGGAGUGGGGUGAGCUGGCAGAGGGGCUGGGGAUGAUGGGCAGAGGGUGCCCUGCUCUGUCUGCCAGCUUCCAGCCACCACAUCUGCAGAGGGUAAGGAGCCCAAGACUGGGGUAGCA